AAAAAUGACACAUUUUUCAAUCUGUGUCUUUGCAGAGACUUUGUGCGCUUACUGACCAGGUUUACUUUUACUCUUCAGACAACCUGUGACCAGGAUCCAGCUGAAAAAACAACCAUAAAAACUGAUCUUAGAUCAGCACAAGCCAUAGCAGUGGCACCUUAUCGAUGUGGACUCUAUCUGACUCUUUACACACUGAUGAACCUGUCCGUUAUUUAAAUCCUACAGUUUAAACAAACAUGGCUGCACUGGUGUCGCUCUUUCUGGCGUCAGUCCUGGUGGAUACGGCUCUGUUAGCGUCUCAGACUUCACUGGAGAAGGAUUUUUUACAGUCACUGGCCCCUGAGGACAUAUUCCAUUAUUUUGACUCUAAUUCAACAACAUUAGUGCCUGAAUUUGAGCUUGUGUGGGUAAGUUGCUUCAGGGAUGAGAGCAGUGGAAGACACUGCUCGUUUCAAGCCCAGGGGAAAGACUUCAAACUGAGGCGGAGAAACGAGCCGUCCUUGUCCUGUCCCUCCAACCUGGAGAUCGCCAUCAAUACCACACUCAGUGUAAUAAAGAGGAGGGAUAAUACGUGUUGUGAGCAACUUGACAUAUUGCAGCCAGAAGAUGCUAGAUCGUUUCUCUCAGUUUGUGAUGGAAAACUUCAAGGCCUGCUUCUCUUGCAGUCAGGAAAGCUACACGUUCAUCCACUGUCUCACAAACAUUCAGAUCACCUGAGAAAUGCUGUGGCCACACCUCCAGGUGUACCACACCUGCUCUUGCCCCGCCCAUCACCUGUAAGGACACGCCUUCAGCAGUCACAGAGUCAUCGUAGGCUUCAGAGGUCACUUCUAGGGGCAGAGGUCACUCAUUUAGAGCUGCUGGUGGUAGUCAGUCCCGAUGUCCAUGAGGUUCACAAGCAGGACACAGAGAGAUACAUCCUCACCAACCUGAACAUUGCAUCUGAGCUGUUACGAGAUGUCACUCUAGGGGCAAAUAUAAGAGUCCACUUGAUCCGUAUGAUCAUUCUCACUGAGCCAGAGCCAGACAUUCAGAUCUCUGAUGACAUCACUUCCUCUCUGAGGAGUGUGUGUGAGUGGGGUCAUAAAGUCAACCCUUCCUCUGAGACUGACCCCCUGCAUGCAGACCUGCUCCUGUACAUCACCAGGUUUGAUUUAGUAUUGCCCAGUGGGAAUAAACAGGUGAGAGGCGUGACCCAGCUGGGUGGAGUCUGUUCUAGCCAGUGGAAUUGUGUAAUUACAGAAGAUACAGGCUUCGACCUUGGCAUCACUAUUGCACAUGAGAUUGGACACAGUUUUGGAAUAAACCAUGAUGGCGUAGGCAACACAUGCAGCAGUGGUGGGUUUAUAAUGGCGUCUGAUGGCGGUUACAACAGUGUGGAUCUCACCUGGUCUCAAUGCAGCAGAAACCAGCUCCUUAACUUCUACAGUGCAGGCAAGGCAGAGUGUGUGAAGGAUGUACCGGUGCUGGGAGGAUCGCUGCAGGAGUGGAAACCCGGACUGUAUUAUGGUGUGGAUGAUCAGUGUCGCAUCGCAUUCGGGAGCACAGCCACUGCCUGCUCCUUCACUAGCAGUGACAUGGCUACCUGUCGAGUUCUGUCCUGCCAUAUCAUCCCUGGCGAUCGCAGCACCUGCACCCGACUUCUUGUGCCGCUGUUGGACGGCACUGAAUGUGGACUAAAUCAGUGGUGUUUAAAGGGCCGUUGUGUAUCUGCGUCCAAACUGAGCUCCUCUCUGCUGGUUCAUGGCUCCUGGUCAUCCUGGUCUGAAUACUCCUCCUGUUCACGCACCUGUGGAGGAGGGAUCACAUACCGAAAGAGAGAGUGCAACAAUCCCAGGCCAGCAUUUGGAGGAAGAAACUGUGAGGGAGAAGAGAUGGAGGCUGAACUUUGUAAUCGACAGCCAUGUGAAAGUAACCAGCUUGAGUUCAUGGCCCAGCAGUGCUCAGAUACAGACCAUCAACCCCUCCUGCUUUCUGCAUAUUCAACCACAGCCUACUCAUGGAUUCCUGCAGUUGGUUUCAUUUCAGGUGAUGCUCAGUGUAAGCUGAUGUGUCGCUCUCGUGAGCAGGACUUCAUGGUGAGUCGUGGGGCUCAGUUUAUCGACGGGACGAGGUGUGAACUUGAUGGCCCUGUCAGUGCUGGCUCUGUUACUGCCUGCCUUAACGGGAAGUGCAAGGUGUUUGGCUGUGAUGGAGUGUUGCACUCUGGGAAAGUGGAGGAUGUUUGCGGGGUGUGUGGAGGAAAAGGCAACACCUGCCAUCUUAUUACUGGCUCUUACACAGGUGGAGAGGCCAAAGAGUAUGUCACUUUCCUCAUUCUGCCAGUGAACGCCUCUCAGGUCCACAUUAAUAACUGGAAUCCAGUUUUCACACAUAUGGCCAUGCUGGUGAAUGAUGAAUAUAUAGUAGCUGGAGAUGGGGAUAUAGCAUUAAACACAACCCACCCUUCACCUUUGGAGGAGAACCACAUGAUCUAUAACCUCUACCUCACCCCUGACCUCCUACCUCACACAGAGGAGCUCAUUCUGUCCGGACCAAUCACAGACAAGAUCUACAUACAGGUGUAUCGAAAAUAUGGAAGGGAAUACGGAGACAUCACGAGUCCAAACAUCACCUAUCAGUACUACAUGCCAGAUGUUGAACCAGUGGAGAAGAUAAUAAAGGGUCGAUGGUCCACUGUCAUUUCAUCUUGUUCUGUAACCUGUGGCUCAGGGAUUCAGAGGGUUAGUCAGGAGUGUGUUGACAUGAACACUCAGGAACACCUAGAAGAGCAACUCUGCAGCUCAGUUACUCCCAAACCAACCACCCUGCAGCCGUGUCACCUACCUGACUGCCCUCCCAGUUGGGUGCUGAGUGAAUUUGGUCCUUGCAGCGCCCCUUGUGGAGUUGGAGAGCGGCUGCGCUCUGUGGCCUGUAUGCAGAAACGGGGUAUGGAAACAGUGGCAUUGCCAGAUUCUUCAUGCUCUCAGAUGAACAAACCUGCAGCAACAGAAACCUGCAACACUCAGCUGUGCUCUGCCAGAUGGCAAAUCUCAGAGCCCGGUGAGUGUUCAGCUGUGUGUGGUCCAGGUGAGGCUCACAGAUCAGUGUCCUGCAUCCGCUCCCACCGUGGCGCUGACCUGGAGGUAGACGAAAGCCUCUGUUUACAUCCCAAACCUUCUGAACAUGUCCCGUGUGUGGUGGAUGUGUGCCCUAUUGGCUGGGAAACACAUGGGAAGUAUCAGCAGGACCACACAGGGUCACUUUCUGUAAUACUCCGGUCCAAAAUAAUUCCAGUAUAUGUGUGGAGCCCUGUGAUUGGCCACUGCUCUAAGACUUGUGGAAAUGGUACUCAGCAGAUAUGGUUCUCCUGUGUGGACCAUAAUUCACGACUAGAUGUCCCAGAGUUCCUUUGUGAUCGCUUUAGUAAGCCUGAACCAUAUACAAAGCUGUGUGUCCAGUCACCCUGCCCUGCCAUGUGGCGCUACAUACAGGGGGUGUGCAGUGUGUCCUGUGGAGGUGGUGUGGCAAGAAGGGUGCUGUACUGCUCUCAGCAGGCUGCAGGGGGAGAUGGAGGCAUGGAAGUAGUGCUAGCAGAGUCAGCCUGUCUCCCUGCCUCCAGACCUCUAAAAGUGGUGCCAUGUAACACUGAGCCCUGUCCAGCAAGGUGGCAAGUGGGUGAACAGGGUCCAUGUUCAGUGUCCUGCGACCUGGGUGUGGCAUUAAGGAGGGUCUCAUGUGUCCAGUUUGAUGGGAAAUUGCAGAGAGAAGUUGAGGAUGAGCAUUGUGAAGAAGGCAAGAAACCUCCUCUCACAGUGCCCUGCUUCACCCAGGCCUGUUCCUUCCACUGGGGUGUACAGGAGUGGAGUGAGUGUUCAGUCUCUUGUGGUUAUGGGAUCCAGUCUCGGACUGUCUCAUGCCUUGGGCCGUCCAGCCCUCUACCCAUCACUCCCAUCCUCUGCGUCCACCUUCCCAAACCCAUCACUAUCCAGGCCUGCUACAGUGCCAACUGCUCCACCCUGGGUCCAAGCACUGCUCCUACCCAGAAACCAGAGGCCUGGAGCAAGACGAGUGCAUGGAAAUUCUUGGAUGAGGAGAAGAGGACCACAUAUGCACCUGCUGGAGACACUGAGAAGUUCUCAGAAGUUGUACCUACAGUACCAGCGUUGAGGAGCACCACAACAUUGUCGACACAACCUCCACAGAGCAGUUUGUGUGGGCAGCUAUUUCUUCAGGACACGGGAAUCAUUGACCUAAGGAAUGUCAGUGAGAGACGGUGUUUCAUCUCUAUUGGCCGUCCUCUGGAUGAAGUUAUCCAAAUCAGAAUUGAGUCCAGCUCUCUUAACUGUAGACACAAAGAGAAUCUUGCCCUUUAUGAGAGAAAGUCUCUGAGGCAAAUCUGUGAAAAGAUGGCUGGAAAGACGCUGACUUCACGCUCUAAUGUUCUGUUGGUGCGUCAAAGCCAUCUCACCCCUGGCAGUGGAGUGCUGCUUUCCUAUCAGAGUAAGAAGAACAUGAAGAAAAGCCAUCAUGAAGAUUGUGAUGUUCAGCUGUUCUCUCCAUCUGGUUUGAUUGAGAACCCAGUUAGGAGUUCAUCAUCCUCAUCCUCCAGCAUGCAGUCUUGUCGGGUGUUCAUUGAUGCCCCGCCUGCAUUAAGGAUACAGAUCAGAGCGCUAUCUGUAUUCAAUACAACCUCCUCAGACUCUGCAUAUGUGCUGAUCCGAGAUGUAGACGCUGUAAAAACUGCAGUAUUUAAAGGCAAACAGCUUUUCCACUGGAGUUCUACAGGAAGCAGGGCGGAAGUGGAAUUCCAUGGGGAAUACCAGCAAAUGAAGGGAGCAUUUAGAGCACAGUAUUCUUAUAUUAAACCUGAGGAGGCUAAACUGAUCUAGUCCUUGAUCAGUUUAUCCAGGAAUGUGUUUAAAGGAAUGCUCUAUUUUGCA